AUGAAUCGCAUUUUCGCUCCUCUAUUAUAUAAGCGAGACUCACAGACGGGUAGGGUAGCUUUACUAUGGGCUGCUCAAAAGGGAUUUUUGAAAACAUCUCGUCUUGCAACCUAUCGACAGGAGGCAGAUCUCAUCAAUGUCACAGAUCGAAGUGGCCGGACAUCAUUAUCCCACGCCGCUGAGAAGGGCCAUGAAGCCGUGGUCGAGUUACUCCUUGAGACUGGGAGGGUGGAGGUGGAUUGGAAAGACUCUCACGGUCUGACACCAUUGGCCUACGCCUAG